UUGAGGUUUGAGCUGAGGUUUGAGCUGGUUGUGGCUGCUGGUUGUACAUAUAUAAAGGCAUGAGAAUUGUACACUGAGUCUGUUGUGUUGUAUGUUGCGCGUGUGGAAUAAAGGUGACUAGUGGCAAGAGGGUGGGUCGUGUAAAUCGUAAAAUCGAGGGAGUUGGGCAUUUGCAAUCCAACAACUUUAAUCCAUCAUCAAACCACCAAACUGGACAAGUCUUUACUUCAGAAAAGUCAAGCAGCCAGACGCAUCCCAACUGCGCUGCUUCAUAAAUGCUCUCAUAAAAAUCAUAAAAAAUCAUGCUGUCAAAAAAAAAUCUCGAUUCAAUGAAAAGGCGUGAAAUUUCUGGGACGCGAUAGGUACAUCCCGAGAAUAACUUGAGUGCUCUUACGUGGUACAAGUGGUGGAUAAAGUGACAGAGUGCCUGCACAGGGGGUUGAUUGGAUUGCCAAAGUGACAAACCCGAGGACCAACCAACUUAAUACAUGCCACUAAAUUCAUUCACAUCUCCUCCUUUUUCUAACUCUCUAAUACUCCAAUGAAGAGUGAGGGACAUGAAAAAGCCUCUAUCUAUUUAUAAUUAUAGUCGAGUGAAUCAACCUCUGUGAUCUCCUCGUCUCUUCGUCUACAGGUAUAAACGAAAUCUUCACCUGGUAGUUGGCGAUUUUGGCCAAAGUCUAGUCACCCUUUAAAAUCAUAACCGGCAUUAUUUAUUAUUUAUUAUAGUGCUUUAUUGACAUUUGUUAUUGGUGACACAUAGAAAGUUGUGCUCGAAUCGCGCGGUACGCCCCGCCCCUUGGCCAUUGUACCACGUGUGACAUAAUUUUAUUCGGUGACUCGAGGUGAAUCUAUAGGGGAGGAAAUACCUGGUACUGCUGUUCUCUAACAAUAUGACGAAUAUUCAAUCACACUGGUUUACAUUAUAUUUUGCCAUCUAAUCGUCGGUGUGACAAAGAAAAUGUGUGGUGGAAAGCAGCUAGUGGUGAGAAUCGGGCUGUAGCAUGCCAAGUGAUAUCCCGCGUCGUUCCCUACUCUCUGCUGUUGGUGGCAGAGGACAAACACGUAAACGAAGAAAACGCAGACAAAGUGUUUGUUGCUGCAGUGCAAGUGGAAAUUGAAUAGACAAAUAAAUAAAUAAAUAAAUAAAUAAAUAAAUAAAUAAAUAAAUAAAUAAGUGAAUAAAUAGAUAGAUAAAACACAGAGGACCCAGAGGUGGACGACAGAUGAGCACCAGCGAUGGCGUGCCACUGUCGGGUCCCGAUAUUGGGAACGGGGCCCGUCCCAUCAGUGAAACUGGUUAUCCCGAAGCCCAGCAAACAGCUGGUCAGUGUCAGGGUCAGGAUGGGCUUGGAUCAUCGAAAGCAGUCCCAGGGGCCACCGCCACUGCAAUUGGGCCACCUAAAAGACCGCCCAGAAGGGGCGCUAAACCCACUCCCGACAGACCGGUACGGGCCCUCUUCUGCAUGGGCCUUAAAAAUCCACUUCGCAAAAUGUGUAUCGACGUCGUUGAGUGGAAACCCUUCGAGUGGCUCAUUCUCCUGACAAUUUUAGCCAAUUGUGUGGCCCUGGGGGUAUACACGCCAUAUCCUUACGGUGACUCCAAUCAAACCAACUUGUACUUGGAAAAAAUCGAGUAUGUGUUUCUUGUGAUAUUCACAGUGGAAUGCGUGAUGAAGAUAAUCGCUUAUGGUUUUGUGGUUCAUCCGGGAGCUUACCUCCGCAACGGAUGGAACAUGCUCGAUUUUACAAUUGUUGUAAUAGGAAUGAUCAGUACGAUACUGACAAUACUGAUGAAGGAGGGCUUCGACGUUAAGGCUCUGAGGGCAUUUCGUGUACUACGACCACUCCGGCUGGUUUCCGGUGUACCGAGUCUCCAAGUUGUACUGAAUUCCAUCCUCAGGGCGAUGGUACCAUUGCUACAUAUUGCAUUAUUAGUACUCUUUGUUAUCAUCAUUUAUGCAAUUAUAGGAUUAGAAUUGUUCUCGGGAAAAAUGCAUAAAACGUGCAGAAAUAAUAAAACCGGUGAAAUAAUGGAGGACCCUCAUCCGUGCGGUGAUCAUGGUUUUCAAUGCCAUACACUAGGAAGUCAAUAUGUAUGCAGUAAACAGUAUUGGGAGGGUCCGAAUAAUGGAAUAACAAACUUCGACAACUUUGGACUAGCGAUGUUAACUGUCUUCCAGUGCAUAACACUAGAAGGCUGGACGGAUGUCCUCUACGACAUCGAGGAUGCAAUGGGUAGUACCUGGCAGUGGAUAUACUUUGUAUCGAUGGUGAUUUUGGGGGCGUUCUUCGUGAUGAACCUCAUUCUCGGUGUAUUGUCGGGAGAGUUCUCUAAGGAAAGGGAAAAGGCCAAGAACAGGGGGGAGUUCCAGAAAUUCAGGGAGAAGCAGCAGAUCGAGGAUGACCUUAGGGGAUAUCUCGAUUGGAUAACACAGGCCGAGGACAUCGAGACGGAGCACGACGAGAUGCCCAGGAUGCAGAGUAGAAAAUCCAAGCCAGAGGAUGAGAUGGAGAGUACAGAUAGGCUGGAGGGGGACGAGGAAAGUGCACACCAGGUGUCCUUGUGGGAGAAGAAGCGGAAAGAGUGGAAGGAAAUAAACAAAAGGGUAAGGAAGGUGUGCCGAAUGGCAGUAAAAUCUCAGGUGUUCUACUGGCUCAUCAUCAUCCUCGUUUUUCUCAAUACCGCUGUCCUGGCGACCGAGCACUUCCGUCAGCCAGACUGGCUCGACUGGUUUCAAGAGUACACCAAUAUGUUCUUCAUUGCUCUUUUCACCAUGGAGAUGAUGCUCAAAAUGUACAGCUUAGGAUGGCAGAAGUAUUUUUUAUCAUUAUUCAAUCGUUUCGACUGCUUCGUUGUCAUCGGAUCCAUCACUGAGAUGAUCCUCACCAAUACAGAAGUCAUGCCUCCACUCGGUAUCUCCGUUCUCAGGUGUGUCAGGCUUCUCAGGGUCUUCAAGGUGACAAAGUACUGGAGGUCCCUCUCCAACUUGGUCGCUUCCUUAUUGAACUCUAUACAGUCCAUUGCUUCUCUGUUGCUUCUACUCUUUCUAUUCAUUGUCAUCUUCGCGUUACUGGGAAUGCAGGUCUUCGGAGGCAAGUUCAAUUUUGAUGAUCUCCAGGACAAAACCAGAAGUAAUUUCGACAGCUUCUGGCAGAGCUUGCUAACCGUUUUCCAGAUUCUCACGGGAGAGGAUUGGAAUGCUGUCAUGUACGAGGGCAUUCGGGCUUAUGAAGGGGUUACCGGUUACGGAAUUUUUGCCUGCGUUUACUUCAUCAUUCUAUUCAUCUGUGGAAACUAUAUACUUUUGAACGUCUUCUUGGCCAUCGCCGUGGAUAAUCUGGCGGACGCUGAUCAGCUGACAACAGUGGACAAAGAGGAGGGGGAUAAGUCCCACGGUGGAUCACCGGCUAGAGACGAAUGCAGCGGUGAAGAAUGCAUUCAUGACGACGAGGACAUCGGCGACAUGACCAGUGGCGAAGAGGAUCCCGGCACUGACGUUGAGCAGUACGAAAACGAGGGUGACGAUUACGAGGGACAAGAUACUGAGGGCUCAAAGGACGGGCACGAUGGUGGGCAUAAAGUCAGAAUAAAUGUUCAAUCUGAUGGGCAUGGUUACGAACCUUUUGAAUCAGGUGAAGGUGAGGAUGACUACGAUCACAUGGAGAUGGAUGAGAUUGAGGGAGGACCAGAAGUCAUAUCUGCCCGACCAAGGAGAAUGUCCGAGUAUAAUAUAACGACGGAGAAGCCACCGAUUCCCGAGGGAUCAGCCUUCUUCGUGUUCUCCAAGACCAAUCGAUUUCGAAUUUUCUGUCAUUGGUUCUGCAAUCAUAGUUAUUAUGGAAAUUUCAUACUCGCUUGCAUUAUGAUUUCUUCGGCUAUGUUGGCAGCUGAAGACCCACUCAAGGCCACUUCUGAACGCAAUAUUAUCUUGAAUCGUUUCGAUUAUUUCUUCACAACUGUAUUUACUAUCGAAAUCUGUUUAAAAAUGGUCUCUUACGGAUUCGUACUGCACGACGGUGCAUUCUGUCGUUCGGCCUUCAAUCUUCUCGAUCUCCUGGUGGUCUGCGUUUCCCUCAUAUCCAUAGCAUGGAGAUCGAGUGCAAUUUCCUUUGUUAAAAUCCUACGUGUGCUGCGCGUUCUCAGACCACUGCGUGCAAUCAACCGUGCCAAAGGCCUUAAGCACGUAGUCCAAUGCGUCAUCGUAGCGGUAAAGACUAUCGGAAAUAUAGUCCUCGUCACCAGCCUCCUGCAGUUCGUCUUCGCCGUUAUCGGCGUCCAACUCUUCAAGGGGAAAUUCUUCCAGUGCAAUGACGUGUCCAAAAUUACAGAGGCCGAAUGCCACGGAACGUAUUUGAUUUAUGAGGAGGGAAAUAUAAACAGACCAGUGAUGAAGGAGAGAUUGUGGUCGCGGAAUCGUUUUCAUUUUGAUGAUGUGGCCAAAGCCAUGUUGACACUAUUCACAGUAUCAACUUUCGAGGGAUGGCCAGGACUGCUAUAUGUAUCAAUCGAUUCUAAUCGUGAAAGCUACGGACCAAUACACAACUUUCGUCCAAUAGUAGCAGCCUAUUACAUUAUUUACAUUAUUAUCAUAGCAUUCUUCAUGGUGAAUAUAUUUGUGGGUUUCGUCAUUGUGACGUUUCAAAAUGAGGGUGAACAAGAGUACAAAAAUUGUGGACUGGAAAAAAAUCAGCGUAACUGCAUCGAGUUUGCACUGAAAGCCAAACCGGUACGUCGAUAUAUACCCAAGCAUCGAAUUCAAUACAAGGUCUGGUGGUUCGUGACGUCUCAGCCAUUUGAAUACACCAUUUUUACUCUCAUCAUCAUCAAUACCAUCACUCUUGCCAUGAAAUUCUACAAUCAGCCAGAUCCUUAUACACAUGCUCUCGACGUACUCAAUAUGAUCUUCACUGCUGUUUUUGCACUUGAGUUUGUCUUCAAACUUGCUGCAUUUAGAUUUAAAAAUUACUUCGGAGACGCCUGGAACGUCUUUGACUUCAUAAUAGUACUCGGUAGCUUCAUCGACAUUGUUUAUUCUGAAGUACACGCACGACUGCAUGUGAAGGCAGGAGGUAGCCUCCCCACCAAACCGGGUACGAACAUCAUCUCCAUCAAUUUCUUCCGUUUGUUUCGGGUGAUGAGACUGGUAAAGCUCCUCAGUAGAGGUGAAGGCAUUCGAACACUACUCUGGACAUUCAUCAAGUCCUUCCAGGCAUUGCCCUAUGUCGCUCUCCUCAUCGUCAUGCUGUUCUUUAUUUAUGCAGUUAUUGGGAUGCAAGUUUUCGGGAAAAUCGCGUUAGACAAUGGGACUACAAUUUACAGGAACAAUAACUUCCAGACGUUCCCGCAGGCUGUUUUGAUAUUAUUCCGAUCGGCUACAGGUGAAUCAUGGCAGAAUAUAAUGCUGGAUUGCUCGUACCGUCCACACGAAGUCAAGUGUGAUCCCGAAUCGGACGACGUUGACAAGUCGAGCUGCGGCAAUGACAUCGCAUUUCCUUAUUUCAUAUCAUUCUACGUCCUGUGCUCAUUCCUCAUCAUCAAUCUUUUCGUCGCCGUUAUCAUGGAUAAUUUUGACUAUCUCACUCGCGACUGGUCAAUCCUGGGACCACACCACUUGGACGAAUUCAUUCGCUUGUGGUCUGAGUAUGAUCCAGAUGCAAAGGGUCGCAUAAAGCACCUCGAUGUUGUAACCCUUUUACGCAAGAUAUCGCCGCCCCUUGGUUUCGGCAAACUAUGUCCACACAGAGUCGCCUGCAAGAGACUAGUCUCCAUGAAUAUGCCCUUGAACAGCGAUGGAACAGUUUUGUUCAAUGCUACAUUGUUCGCCGUUGUGAGAACUUCAUUGAAGAUCAAGACAGAGGGCAAUAUUGACGACGCCAAUGCCCAACUCAGGGCGGUUAUUAAGAAGAUUUGGAAGAGAACUAGCCCCAAGUUACUCGAUCAGGUUGUACCACCACCUGGGGUCGACGAUGAGGUGACGGUGGGGAAGUUUUACGCCACUUUUUUGAUUCAGGAUUAUUUCCGAAGAUUUAAAAAGCGCAAGGAGCAGGAGAUGAAGGAGGGAGAUAAGGAUUGUCAUAAUACAGUUACGUUGCAGGCUGGUCUGAGGACACUUCAUGAAGCUGGCCCUGAAUUGAAGCGAGCUAUUUCUGGAAAUCUUGAAGAAUUGCUGGAUGAUAAUCCUGAGCCAAUGCACAGGCGGAAUCAUUCACUGUUCGGAAGUGUUUGGUCCAGUAUGCGUCGAGGUCACCACAGUUUUCGAGGAAAAUCCUUGAAAACUCCAGCCAACUCAGCCCCCAAAAUCUCACCCUCAAACUCCAUAGACUUCCUUCCCUACGUCUCUCUCCACAGGCAUGGCGCAGUUGACAACCAAAUAACCGCGAGAUCGCAUCAGGUUGUGCCGAACGUCACCGGGGUGACUGGAACUCCCCUGAACUCGAUGGGAAUCGAGGAGAAUAUCCCGAUGCGUCCCUUGGCCAUGUUUGCAAACACAAAUUCUGGAAUGCAGCCAGGGAACUACCAAAACCCAUACAAAGUGUUAGAUCUCGAGGAUGGAAUUGAGCAGCAGUUGACACCACCCACACCACCACCCCGACGGAAUCUGCCACCAAGUGGUGGGGCCAUAACAUUCGCCACAGGCACCAGUGGAAAUGCUGAAUCAAGUAGUGCAACAGCAAGUCGCACACCCUCGCCAACCCUAAGUCCAUCGCCAUCAUUCGCAUCUUCAUCCAACGAAGGGGCGCAUUACUACGCGUAUGCAACGCGUGGAUGCUGCCCCGAUUCCACACCAGGGUGGAAGCAUCAGCAUGACGGAAAUGAAGAUAAGGUGAUUGAAGUUGAUAAGGAACAGGUGUCGCCAAAUGAGGGGAAUGCAGAUGUAAUUCAUCGUGAACGGAGCAAGCAGGGCUCGGCCAAAAGAUUGUCAAAACGCUUGUCUAAUCGCUCAAAGGGCUCGUCGAAACGUUCGAGCAAGCACAGGGAGAGUUCGAAAUCUCGAAAGUCUCACAAGAGUGAAGAUGAUGAUGAUGAUCCUAAGGACUGUUCACAUGGAGAAAGAAGUAUUGCUAAUGGGCUCAAGUUGGCGCAGACACAGGCCAUUGCUGUUGCUGGAUUCUUGGCUGAUGUUGAUGCCCAUCAGUGGCGCGUUUGCGAGUCCUGUUUGCCGCAUCGGGCCUCCUUUCACGGCAGAGUUUCAUGGGCCGGUGAGAGUAAUGGCGGCGUUGGGUCAGAGAGAUUGUCACAUAGUUUGCCAGGCAGCCCCUCCGAUAGGAAGCCCAACUUUGAGGUGAUUGGUAGCGCUGAGAGUCUGGUGGGACGGGUAUUAGCUGAGCAAGGACUAGGUAAAUACUGUGAUCCAGAUUUCGUACGUUACACGUCGCGCGAAAUGCAGGAGGCUCUUGACAUGACUCGAGAAGAAAUGGAUCGUGCGGCACACCAGCUGUUGCUCCGCGAGCGUCGAGGACAGCCUUUGACCUUUCAACUCCAGCAGAGUAUGGAUCAACACUGGAAUCCAAGACCACAAGGCCCACGUGAAGUAGCUUAUGAACAACUGCGGGAACAAAUGCCCUCAUUAGACCAGCCGCAAUUAUCCCUUCAACCUCAGCCACAGCAACAGCACCAACACCAACAACAAAUCUAUCGCGAACAACCACCUUCUUAGCGGCUAACAACUCUCCAGGUAACACACCUACCAUUCAUUACCAACGAAUUACCACCCAUAUUAUUCACCGCUUUUAUUUUGACAUUUAUCUUGUAAACCACCAAGUCAACAAUAUAAUACAUAAGGCCAAUUCGCGUUAUCGUUUGCCUCAAUUUUUUUAUCCAUAUUUACUGAAUAAAAAUAACCAAUAGAAUUGUUCAAUGCAUGAAACACUUAGUUAUUGUUCAAUACAAAUUGUAAAACCAUUAUUAAUUACAAUAAUUAAAAUCUCUUUUUCCACAUCUGUUUUAAUUUCUCAAUUCAGAUAAAAUACUUGGAACGAUCAUUAAAUCUUUCUAUCAUAACUAUCAUCUAUAAUAAUUAUCAAUUUUAAUAAAGAGUUAAUCUCAUUGUUAACAAGUACGCUCGUCUAAAACAAAAGAAUAACUGUCAUUAAAUUUCAAAGAUAGUCUGCAUCAAGGUAAAUGAACAAACUCGAUGAAUAAAUGAAAGAGCAGUUACGUAGUUAUAUUGUUAUACAGUCCUAUUUCACAAUUUUUAAUGGUCGUCAUCAUCUGUAGUAUUCGGAGGGGGAUUAUUAUAAUCAUCGAUAGAAUGGGUGUAGAUCAAUGAAUGGAGAUAACCAAAGAAAUAUAUAUAAAUUCAUAAAUACAAUAUAUAAAACUAUAUAUACAUAACAAGUGCCUAAGUAUUUAAUAAUAAUUAAUUUCGGACCAGAGAAUACCUUUUAUCAAUGUAGAGACAAACAAAAAAAAAAAAAAACGUUAAUUACUGAGUUUUUAAUAAUAAAUUGUUCUUCGAUCGUAUACGCAUCUGCAUUCGACUGGAAAAUGAGAUAAAAUCAAGUCCUCAUAGUGUGAAAGCUUCACUCAUUACACCAUGGGGUUGAAAGAUUGUUAAACUGAAAAACAAAAGUAUAAUAAUUUGAAAGCAAAGUAAGGGGGCAUGAGGGAGGAAGGACAUAUGAAGCACGAGUGAACUAAUUAUAUACAGUAAAUAAAUUUUUAAAAAUCUUAUCAUGUAAAACUCGCUUUUCGACGUUGUCCUUAUCAUAUUUACCAUUUACCAUCUUUGUCUAAAUAUCUUUUUAUACUCAGAACAAAUUGUAAAUGAGGGAUUUACAAAUGUUGAAAUAUGCGCUUGAUAAAGUAUAAUUCGGUGGUGAAAUGACGAAACAGAAAUCAAUAUUUUUGUUUCUUGACGAGCAGUUGAAUUGUGAAAAUGUUGAAAUAUUGGAGAAUCUUGGAAACUGAGUUCAAGAGUAUUUGCGACAAGGAUAAUUCAUCUGGAAGUCGAUUGGUUGUUUUCCCACUCCCUUAUUCAAUUGAAAUGAUUAGAAAUUUUAUUCUGUCCAUCCCACAGCGUUUAUAGGAUUUUACUGUGAUUAAAAAUAAUAAAAAGAAAAAAUUACAGGGGCUUCAGUGUUAACAAUAAACAAAAAGAAUUCACUCUCGUAUUUUUAUCGAACUGACAAUUGUUAUAUCUAUUGGAUUUUUAUCCGCUAAAUCCCCCCCCCCCCCAGCCCUGCUUGAAUAUACUCAUUAUUUAGAAUUGAAAACCAAUUGCGACCAAAUACUUUGCACAAAAGGGGUAGGUGCAAUGUUUUUUAUUAUGCAGCUGAUAGGUCAUUUACUGAGUGCCUGAUUUUAUAAGUGGCAUUGCCACCAUAAGUCCAGCAAAACACUAUUUGUUUGGUAAUUUGAAUUUUUAUUCAGCUUAUCUUGGAAUACAUUGAUAAAAUAAUAUGAAUAGAAAUCCAUCGAAAAAUAUUGGAAAUUUAGAUUGAGCCGUAUUAUAAGAGGAAUACUAGAGUGAUACUCAGAGAGAAUAAUUACAAAUGUAUUAGAAAAUGAUGGAGGUGGGUUGACUCUAUGGAGAAUGAUGACAUGACAACGGACUUUAUUUGAACAUAUUUUUCCUCGUGCCGUUGAUGUAAAGAUUUAUUUGUUGAAUAUUAUUGUGUAUAAAUAUAUACACUUGUAUUACGAGUUAUUCACAGAGAACUUGAAAAUUAAUAAAAUUGAUAUAUGAAAUUAAGUGAUACCGGUAAUGAGUGGCAUUGAUAACAAUGUAGAUAGGAAAUUUGCACGAUUCUGUUAAUGUAAUUUUAAAGGAAUAUGAAAAUUCUAAACACCGUAUCAUCCUCAUUAAAUCGUGUAUUGGACAUUGUUUAUCUUUAAUGGAAUAUUGUAAUCGUUUAUAAUUGAUUUAUAUAAAUAGAAGACUCACGUGGAGCUUCAAUUUAUGGGGAACCAAAAAAAUUGUAAAUAAAUAAUGAAAAUUA